AUGCCAUCUGCCCCAGUUUCACCUGGUUCUGACUACAUUUCAUCAAAUUGGUAUGCAAGCCAAGGAUUCUAUGGAGCUGAAAAUGUACAGUUCGUACAAGAUCCCUUUUCAGCAAAUAGUACUACCACUGUACUCAAAGUCAAUUAUCCUGCUGGGUCUUAUGCACCUGUUGGAACAAAGAACAAUAAUUCAGGCGUAAAAGGCGGUGCUGAAUUUUUCACCAAUGUCAAUCAUGAUACAAUGUACAAUACUGCAUUAUUAAGUUAUGAUCUUGCAUUUGAUUCUUCUUUUGACUGGGUGAAGGGUGGUAAAUUGCCUGGCAUUUAUGGAGGCUCACCGGGUGAUGGUUGUUCUGGAGGUGAAAAAGCAACUGGUGCCAAUUGUUUUUCAGUUAGAUUGAUGUGGAGAGAUAGUGGUGCUGGAGAAGCUUAUGCGUACAUCCCUACAUCCGAUAAGCUUUGCUCUUCCAAACAAGUCACUUGCAAUUCUGAUUACGGUACAUCGUUCUCCCGUGGUGUGAUUCGUUUCAGUACGGCAAAAUGGACACACAUCGACAUGUACAUAAAAUUAAAUACAGGAUCUAAUACGAACGGCAUAUUACAAGUCUGGCAAGACGGAUCUUUAAUGAUUAAUCAACAGCAUUUACAAUUUCGAUCAAGUGACGCAGUUGGUAUGUCAAGCACAAUGUUUAGCACAUUCUUUGGCGGUGGUUCAACAAGCUUUGCUACUCCCGUUGACACAUCUACCACUGCCGAUACUCCUGAUCCAACCCAAGGCAAUUCUGCAUCCACUUCAUGUAUAUCCUACUAUUAUAUUUCAGCCAUUGUUGCUGUUCUAUUCUUCAUUUAG